AUGGCCGUUCACACUCCUCAUCGACUACCAGUAGUUUUUGCAAUUGCUGCGUCAUUGCUCUUCAUAGUAGCAGUGUUCCACCAGCGUGGCGGCGUACCGAAUGCAAAGAAACUGUGGCAUCGUCCAAGCUUCUACGAAAUCGCUGUCAAAUAUGGAACCGACAAAGUCACAGCUCAUAGCUACCACCACAUGUACGAAAAGUAUCUGCCUUCGCUCCGUAUGAAGCGGAUCAAGAUGCUUGAGAUAGGUCUCGGUUGCGAUAUGGGUUACGGUCCAGGAGCUUCCUAUAACCUCUGGCUCGAGUACUUCCCGUACGUUGACCUGUACUUCAUCGAGUAUGACGAGCGCUGCGCAAGGAAGUGGGCUCGUAAAACGAGUGGAGCGACCAUCUUUACAGGUGAUCAAGCAGACGAAGCUUUUCUCGAAGAGUUCAUCACGGACAGUGGUGGGAACUUCGACAUCAUCAUCGAUGACGGCGGCCACACGAUGAACCAACAGAUCAAGAGUCUUGAGCAUCUGUGGAAGACCGUCAAGACUGGCGGCUAUUACUUCUGUGAAGAUAUGCAGACCAGUUAUUGGGAUAGUCACGGAGGCGGGCCGACUGCAUCCAAGGAGAAUGGAAACCAGACCUUUGUGCAACUAGUCAAUGAGAUGGUGGAAGAUAUGAACUCAGGAGGCGGGAAUGUUGGCUUUGAUGGUUCUGGAGAUGUCUUGGGUAUUGAUUGUAUGGCAGAGGUGUGUGGUUUUUGGAAAAGACCCGAAGGCCCGGACAAGCCAACAAUAGCAGACAAGUCUGCAAAGGCUGGUGCCAGAUAG